AUCCGUAACAUGUCUGCCUUCGGCCACCGUACUUCCCAGCAGCGCAUAGUUGGACGUUCAAAUUCACAUGUUGGAUGAGUUUUAGUUUUAUUAAGUCUUAAAAAGUAGGAGACGCGUCAUAAUGUCCGUUCAGCCAAGUAAUCCUAACAACCCUAUUGUUUUCUUCGAUAUUACUAUUGGAGGACAGGAUGUCGGUCGGAUGAAGAUAGAGCUAUUUGCUGAUGUUGUUCCCAAGACGGCAGAGAAUUUCCGGCAGUUCUGCACGGGAGAGUUCAGGAAGGACGGCGUUCCCAUUGGUUACAAAGGUUGCACUUUCCACAGGGUGAUCAAAGACUUUAUGAUCCAAGGAGGAGACUUUGUCAAUGGCGAUGGAACUGGAAUCUGCAGCGUCUACAGAGGUCCAUUUGCAGAUGAGAAUUUCAGGAUGAAGCAUUCUGCGCCUGGACUUUUGUCUAUGGCGAACAGUGGACCAGGGACAAAUGGUUGCCAGUUUUUUAUUACCUGCACCAAGUGUGACUGGUUAGAUGGGAAGCAUGUCGUCUUUGGAAAAGUGGUUGAUGGUUUGCUGAUCAUGAGGAAAAUAGAGAAUGUUCCUACUGGACCCAACAACAAGCCUAAACUCCCCAUCCUUAUAGCACAAUGUGGAGAGAUGUAAUCAGCUCCCUCAGAAGACCAGUUUAAAAACUACACAAUCUGCAAACACGUCACAUUCAUUAGUUUUUUUUUUUGUAGCAAAGAAACCGAGGUCUCUGUCUUGAUGCCUUCACCCAUAGCCCACAUUAGAAGACUUUUUCCAUGGUACAUCACUUGUUAUUGUUAUUAAGUUUUUGUAUGCCUGAUGACUUAACUGCUGUGUCCAAACGCAAAUAUGAUGAUUCACAUCACCAGUGUUGGUAUUCACAGAAUAAAAAACUGGGAAAUUCAUGUUGGAAAAAUAUCGAAAUAUGAGGUUUUCUGUGGAGAUUAUUUGAUUUAACAUUCUUUUUUUGUAAUGCUGUGUAUGACCUAAGAUAAAAAAUGUUUUUAUAAAUGUGUGGAAAGGAUA